GUUCCCAACACACAUCGCAGAAAUAAAAAUAUUUGAAAAAAAUAACCAGAACGUAUCUGUUAACGUAUACGGUUUAAAAAAACAAAAAAAGAGUGAAAAACAUAUUAUUUAUCCACUCAAGAUCGUCGAUGAAGAAGAAAAAGAUCAUUUUGAUCUCUUACUAAUUACCAACGGAGAUAAAAGUCACUACACAUAAAUAUCAAAUUUCUCACGACUAAUACGCUCGCAGAAAACUGCUCAUCAUGAUAGUAUAAUUUUUUGCAAACGGUGUUUCACAUCAUUUGACAGUCGGCCCCGGAAAAAUACGCUAUGCGGACAAGCAGCACUAGAACAACACAAAAUGAUAUGUGGAAUAAACAAACCUAUCCUACCUCAAAUGCCUGCGCCCGGUACAAUAUUAGAGUUCGAUGGUUGGAAAAAAACUCAACGGCACCCGAUAGUUAUAUAUGCCGAUUUCGAGGCACUUCUAGUUAAAUGUAAAGAAAGAAAAGGCGAAAAAACAACAGCUUUUCAAAAACAUGAACCGAUGAGCUACGGGUUUGUCGUAAAGGCUACAGAAAAUGUUCCGAUUGAUCUGCUAGAAAAGUUCAAUGUACCUCAAGAACCCAUUAUUUUCCGUGGUAAUGAGUCUCGUCAAGACGUAGCCAAAAGAUUCGUGAAUGAAGUUACAGAGAUCGCAAGAAGAGUUCAAGAUUUGCUUAAAAUAAAUAAACCCAUCAUAAUGACCAAGGAAGAGCAAACAGCACAUAAGAUGACACAAACAUGCAAUUUGUGUAAAUGUAAUUUUUCCAACAAAAAAAAUAAAGUGGCAGAUCACUGUCACUUAUCAGGCAAAUUCAGACAAACAUUGUGUAAUACCUGCAACCUCAAGCUUCAAACACCGAAUUUCAUACCAUGCUUUCUACACAAUUUAUCAAAUUAUGACGCACAUUUUAUCGUAACCGAGUUGGGUUACGAUUCCAAAACUAUUUCGGUUAUCCCAAAUAGUGAAGAAAAAUUCAUUUCAUUUUCAAAACACGUGACCAACAACUUUUCAAUAAGAUUCAUAGACUCAUGCCGUUUCAUGGCAUCGAAAUUAUCAACACUUGCAGAUAAUUUAAUAACACCCGGGCUCGAAAAGUUCAGAGAGACAGCAAAACACUUUUUUACCGAAGAUAUGCAGCUCGUUACUCGUAAAGGUGUAUACCCUUAUGAAUAUACUGAUAGUUGGAACAAGCUCGAAGAAACGAAUUUACCAGAAAAAAGCGAUUUCUAUAGUACACUAACAGAAUCAAAUAUAGACGAUAAUGAAUACAAACACGCCAAGACUGUAUGGAAUCAUUUUAAAUGCAAAAAUCUCGGAGAAUAUAGCGACCUUUAUCUCAAAAUCGAUGUUCUAUUAUUAGCCGAUGUAUUUGAAAACUUCAGAGACAUGUGCAUUUCAACAUACAAUUUAGACCCCGUUUACUAUUAUACCGCUCCAGGAUUCAGUUUCGACUGCAUGUUAAAAUACACUAACGUCAAACUAGAGUUACUCUCCGACUAUGACAUGCACUUAAUUUUUGAAAACUCAAUUCGUGGAGGCCUCACACAAGCUAGCAUGAGGUAUGCCAAAGCUAAUCAUGAAAAUACCCCAGAUUAUAACGCGAAAAAGCCUAAAUCGUGGAUAGUUUAUCAAGACUGCAACAACUUGUACGGGUGGGCAAUGUCACAGUACAUGCCGUACGGAGACUUUAAAUGGGUUGAACCUAAAUUAGACGGACUGGAUGUUUUAACACCUACUUCAGAUGUAGGUAGAGUGUAUGAGGUAGACAUAUCAUACCCACAACAUUUACAUAACAAACACAACAACCUACCAUUUUUACCCAAGAAUAAAAUUCCUCCUGGCUCAAGAGUAAAAAAACUUAUGGCGUCACUUCAUUCGAAAAAAAAUUAUAUCAUCCAUUACCGUAACCUACAGCAAGCUAUAGCUAAUGGAUUAAUCGUAGAAAAAGUGCACAGAGUUUUAGAGUUCAGACAAUCGGAUUGGCUUGCGAAAUAUAUACACUUAAACACCGAAAUGAGGAAAAAAGCUGUAAAUGAGUUUAUGAGUUUGAGAAGGAUUUCUUCAAACUUUUAA